UAAGAAAUUGUGACCCCAUUUCAAGAAAAGAGACAACCAACCCAGAAGUUGGAAUGCGCAUAUGAAGAUAUUAAUAUAAUUAUGGUGCUUAAUUAAAUAAAGAUAUACUCACAGUGAAUAAGGAUUUUUUUUUAAAAAAAGAACUAAACAAAGAGAAACAGCAGAAAAAUGACAGGGGAAAGUGUCAUUGAACUUGAAGCAGCUCAGUAGAAAUGAUUUAAAGUGAGGGGAAAAUGAUUAAAAAAAAGAUAGGAAGAGAAUCUCAGUGACCUCUGAGACAAUAACAAAAUAUCUUGAAUAUGUGUAGCUGAAGUCCCAAAGGGAGAGCAAGGAAAGAAUGGGAUACACAAAAUAUUUGAAGAUAUAAUGGCUGAAAUUUCCCCCAACUUGAUAAAUGAUAUAAAUAUACUGAUUUGAGAAUAUCAGUGAACUCUAAGCAAAUUAAGUGUGAAGAAAACACUUCCUAGACAAGCUGUUAGAGCCUAAGGAUAAAAAUAAAAUCUGGAAAUCCAGGGGAAAAAACAACAUAUUACAUGUGAUAAAAACAAUUCUAAUGAUUGGUGACAACAUCAGAAACUGUGGUGGCCAGAAGACAGUAGAUCGGUAUCCUUCAAAUGGUAUGAAAAAACAAAAUGAAACCCAUCAGCCUUAAAUUCUGUAUCCAACAAAAAUAGCUUUCAAAAAUGAAGGUGAAAUAAUGAUAUCUUAGAUAAAAGAAUUAAGAGAAUUUAUCUGCAGAAGACCCUAUGUUUUUCAGGUUGAAAAAAAAAAAAAUGACACCAAAUGGAAACUCAGUUCUUCAGGAAGCACUGAAGAGCAUCAGAAACGAGGGAAGAGAGACUGUCUUUUCCUUAAUCCUGGAUACUAUAUCCAGAGUCAGAACAUCAACUCCAAAGCAGAAAGCUUCUGAAAAAGAAUAGUGUCAUGGCAUAAUGUUAGACAUUUUUCUAAACGAUGGUUCCUAAAACUUUGUAAUAGAAGAAUUGGAAUUUGAUAACCAACUUGAGAAACACUAGUAAAAGUGAAUUACAAGGACACUCAGUUAGGAAAAUCAUUAAUAUAAUAAUUUUCAGGAAAUAUUUAACCUGAGCUCAACUCUUUUCAAACUGAGAGCUUCUAAAGAUAAUUGUGACAUAAUUAUGAUGUAAAUCAUAGAAGCUUAAAGCAUAGGGGUCAGUCCAUUUUUUUUUAGAAAGGCAACUCAUAGAUGGAAAACAAUUUAUUAGAUAUAAGCAAGAAUGCAUUUUUAUCUCAAACCUUACUUAUUCUGGAAAAAGUUUAAAUGUAAAGCCAUAGUUCAGCACUAAUGGAACCUAAGAAAAUUUGUACAAGAGAGAAGCAUGAAUGUAAACUGUGUGGUAAAUCCUUCAGCCGGAACACUAAUUUUAUUCAGCAUCAAAGAAUACAUACUGGAGAGAAACCUUAUGAAUGCAAUGAAUGUGGAAAAGCUUUUAGUGAGAGCACUAAUCUUAUUCAACAUCAAAGAGUCCAUACUGGGGAGAAACCUUACAAGUGUAGCAAAUGUGAAAAAACUUUUAGUCAUUGGUCAUCCCUUAGAAAUCAUGAGAGAAUUCAUACUGGAGAAAAACCCUAUCCUUGCAAUGAAUGUGGGAAGACUUUCAGUCAUAUUUCAGCCCUUACUCAACAUCACAGAAUUCAUACUGGGAAGAAGCCAUAUGCUUGUAUUGAAUGUGGGAAAACCUUCAGCCGGAGCACACAUCUUAUUGAACAUCAGGGAAUUCAUUCUGGGGAAAAAUCCUACCAGUGUAAGAAAUGUCGGAAGGCUUUUUGCCACAGCACAUCACUAAUCCGACAUCAGAGAACUCACACCGGAGAAAGACCCUAUAAAUGCACGAAAUGUGGAAAAGCCUUCAGUCAUACCCCAGCCUUCAUUCAACAUCAGAGAAUUCAUACUGGAGAGAAACCCUAUGAAUGUAAUGAGUGGGGAAAGGCCUUCAGUCAGAGCGCACAUCUUACUGAACACCAGAGAUCUCAUACUGGAGAGAAACCUUACGUUUGUAAGGAAUGUGGAAAAACCUUCAGCAGAAGCACACACCUUACUGAACAUCUAAAAAUUCAUUCUGGUGAGAAGCCCUAUCUAUGUAAUCUAUGUCAAAAACUAUUUUGCUAUAGAACAUCACUAGUUCGACAUCAGAGAACUCAUACAGGAGAGAAACCCUACCAGUGUGAUGAAUGUGCGAAAUCUUUCAGUUUAAGUUCAGCCCUUACUAAACAUAAGCAAACACACACAGGGGAGAAACCUUAUAAAUGUAAUAAAUGUAGUGAUGUUUUCUGUCAUAGUACAUCUUUAAUUCAACAUCAAAGAACUCAUUUUAGAAAUGAAAUCCUAUCAAAGUAAUGCAUGUGGGGAGCUGCAGCCAUAGGUCAUCACUUAUACCUGAACACUCAGUGGUAAGAAAUUCCAGGAUUGUUCAUGCAAGAAAAACUUUAGGCAAAAUGUUCAUUUUGUUUGUACUGAGAAAAAGCAUUGUUCUUGCAAUUAAUCCUGAAAAUGUGUUCUCGUUCAGAUAAAAAUUUAUAAUGGAAUUAUCCCCAACAUGGUUUGUUUUUAAAAACAUAUUUGGAAAAUUAUUUUUAGAAAUAAUUUGUUACAUAUUUAUUUAUUUGCUUAUAAUUAAAGGUUUUUCAGGCACAAAGUUUUAGUGGGAUGAUGAAAAUUGUUUAUAUAUCAUCUGUUAUCCUUUUAGUAAUUCUCAUGUUAUUCUUCACUGUUAAAGAAGCACCUUUAUAGCAGGUUUGAGUUUUUUAAAUUAACAAGUUUGUCUAAUAGCCAUAUAAGAGAAUACGUCACAGAAAAAUGUGCAUUAUUUUCUAGUAUUCAUGAAAUAUUUUUAAUGGAAUAUAUAUGUGUGUGUGUGUGUGUGUGUGUGUGUGUGUGUGUGUAGUUUCUUGCCAAAGUGUAUCAUAUAUAUACA